AUGUCGUGUAUAAUAAAGCAGACUAAGACCAAAUUGGUUGAGACAUUCUUCUCAAUUGGGUGCUACCUGAGCAACUUAUUUGGUGAGAAUGAGUAUACAAAGACAGAAGUUGAAACAUCACUUAUUAAAAAUGACUUAUUGAAUGGUGAUGGUGCUGAAGAGGAUGUGGAGCAGAACAACUCGACUAUUUCAACAAUUAAACUGGUUAAUACCAAGGAGAGCAGUCUCCUGUUUCAAGUAAUACGGGUUAUUGAAACGAGAAUUAAGAGAAUUCAGCUGAUUCAAAUGGGAUUCUUCAGAAUUGAAGAGGGUGGGGCUGAGAAUGCGUCACUGGAGUUUGUAAUGCAGCUUGAUUUGUCACGAACGUGUUUUAAUUACACUGAACUCUGUACGGCACUACAGGAGAUGAACAUUCUGGGAGGACUGAAAUCAAAAAUUAGAGUUUAUUCUUAUGAAUUGGGAAUAAACAAGUACUUCUUAAAGUGUAAGGAAAUGUGGAAGAUUGGAGAUGGUAGGAGGGUGCAGAGUGGUGCAAUAAGUGUGAUAGACUUGAAGAGAGGGGGUGGAGAAAGCAGGCGUGUGAUUCCAGCUGAGAAUGUGGUGGUACCUGAGAAGACUACAAUGAUAAACUGUACUUGUACCGUAAAUGAGGAUGAUGGGGAUAUGAUUGAGUGUACAAGAUGCUUCUGCUGGUCUCAUACUGUCUGUGCUGGCUUCUUCAGCAACAUGGAUCCGAGAGUAGCCAACAUAAAAUACAUCUGUUUAUUUUGUACUGGAAUGCACAGUUAUGCUGAAAGAAAUAAGGCAUUUACCAGGAGAAUAAUUGACUUCCUGUACAAUGAGACAUACGAGGCCAAUUCAGUAACGAGGUUGGCUAAGACGGUUUCAAACAGAUUUGGAAUCAGUGAGAGGUACGCCCAGAAGAUAGUGAAGGACCUGAGAGACCUGAAACUGAUUGACGUGGGAAGAGUGGGGACAUUCAGAAAGGAUGAAAAUGGGAAGAUGUACAAGGUCCAGAGCGUGGCAGUGGAGAACGAGGAGGCCAAGAAGACGAUUAAGACGAUUUACGAGUGCAAGGAGGUCAUUUGCCACGAGAGUGGAUUUAUAAAUUAG